AACCUGACUUCCGGUUCUUGCACGUCGAUAUUUUUUACUUUUUUUUACCCACAUGGAGACCUACCAGAAAAUACAUUUCACUGCAACUUUCACACAAUCUUACACAACAUUUCUCGGAUUCCCCAGCACCUAACAAUACCCGUUUCACCUGCAGUACCCAUCCCAAAGUGCAAUUUUGCGCAUUUACGUAACUGGGCUUUUUUCGUGCUCAUUAAUGGUGUAUGUACGGAGUUACGCCGGUUUCAAUAUAGGAUAAAUCACAGCCAAAACACCCGUCAAAGUGGGGAUGAUUACGAAAGGUCUGCUUCUAAAGUACUCGCGGCGGUCUUACCCAGAUAGUUCUUCGCAAGAAGUGACGAGUGAAAGAUGACCAGUUACACAGUGAGGCCUCUGAGCCCCGAGGAUGCCGAAAGGGUGGACAAGGCUUUUGGUGUCAAAGGGGCCAUGCUGGAAUUCAACCCCGGCAAGUGCUUGUUACCACCGUACCAUGUAAAAUUCGCCCAACAAAUUAUCGACGCUCCGAUACGCGAAGACGACAUUUGGCUCAUCAGCUUCCCCAGAACAGGUUCCACUUGGUGCCAGGAGAUGAUUUGGUUGAUAGGCAACGACCUCGACUUUGAUGGCGCACGAAGUACCAUCCAGCAAAUUAGAGCACCACUUAUUGAAAUGUCGACGGUACUAAUAGAAAUUGACUCCCUGGGCAAAGAACUCCUCGAGAACUCUGUCGAACUAAUUAACAACCUUCCUUCACCGCGCUAUAUCAAAAGUCACCUCCCACUUUCCUUGCUUCCAACAGAGCUCGACAAAGUCAAGCCAAAAAUUAUCUACACUUGUCGAAAUCCUAAAGACAUGUGUGUUUCGUACUACCACCACUGCAAGAUGUUUCAUAGGCUACAACUCACCUUUGAAGAGUUUUCCGAUCAUUUGAUGAGAGGUUUGACGCCUUUGGGGCCCGUUUUUUCCCACUAUUUAAGUUUCUGGAAUAAGAGACACGAAACUAAUAUUCUCUUCCUCAAGUAUGAGGACAUGAAGAGAGAUCUUCGGGGAACUUUGAAGAAAAUUGCUGAUUUUAUGGAAAAGAGUUUGAGUGAGGAGGAUAUUGAUAAAUUGUGCGAAUUUUUGAGUUUCCAGAACAUGAGGGAGAAUAAAGGGUGUAACUUUGAGGGAGUACUCGAACAAAAACACGGAAAAGAUUUCUUUAAAAGGGUAGGGGAUCAUUUUAUUAGAAAGGGUCAGGUUGGAGAUUGGAAAAAUUAUAUGAGUCCGGAAUUAUCGAAGAGGUUUGAUGACUGGAUUGAAGAAAAUACUAAAGGUACGGGGCUUACUUUCGAUUAGUUGUAGAUUUAGAAGAACAUUUUGGAGCUCUAAGAAAGUGAAGAAGUACAAGAUAGUUUUAGGUUUUAUUGUUUUCUGAGUCUUUUAUUUA